GCAAGUUUGCAACAUAGGAAUAAUCGCUCAAUAUGAUGGUAAACAGAAAAAAGUGUUGUCUUGACGACGUUUAAAUAACAAGAAAUAACGUUCGCAGGAAAUCAUCUCGACGUUUAUACUCGGAUUUGUUUCUAUUGCAUCAAAAAUGACGACUUGGAGCAAUAAAAUACACUCUAAAUGUAGAGGUGAAAUAUACCCUCGUUCAGAUCAAAAGCGACUCAUCGUUCCUAUUGAUAAAGUCAAAUGGUCUGUUUCAUGGCCAGAUUACGAUCCACCUGCAUAUACAUCAAAAUCAUUAAAUGGACAACCUUGGGCUGAUUUAGAAAUAAGUGAACAAUUUUCUCCUAAAUUUAAUGAGGUAGAACAUGAUGAAUAUGUAGUUAGAAAUAGAGUCAGCUACAUGGGAGACUACCAGAUCGCAAAUGGAUAUCCACUUAAUCCAGUUGGCAGAACUGGACUGAAAGGAAGAGGUGUUUUGGGUCGCUGGGGUCCAAAUCAUGCUGCUGAUUUUAUUCUAACGCGCUGGUUGAGAGACCAAGCAAAUGGCCAAAAGAUUUUGAAUGAAGAUACCAAAAAACCUAUCCUUCAGUUUGUCGGUAUCCAACGGCGUAAGGGGGAUGAAUGGGCUAUUCCAGGCGGCAUGGUUGAUGCUGGAGAAGAUCCUGCUCAUGCUGCUCAGAGAGAAUUUUUAGAAGAAGCUAUGGAUAGUGAAAAUUUAGAACAAAACGAACUAGAAGAUAUCAUGAAACUAGUCAAGGAAAUGUUUGAUCAAGGGCUAUUGAUUUAUCAAGGUUACGUUGAUGACUCCAGAAAUACAGACAAUGCAUGGAUCGAGACUUCGGCAAUAAAUUGCCAUGCUGAAUUUCAAGAGGUCGAUCAUUGGCAUUUGAAAGCUGGGAGUGAUGCGAAAAAUGUAGCAUGGAUAGAGAUAACAUCAUCAUUGAAUCUUUUCGCUAGUCACAUUGAUUUGAUAGAAGCUGUUGCUAAUCGCCAUCAAGCCCACUGGUGAUAUGUAAUGGUGUAUAAUAUUCAAUAGUUGUUGUUUUUCCUAUUGAAUAACCCGCACUUGCGAUAAAAUAAACUUGGAACUUGGUAAGAAAGUUGUUGGUCAACGCGAAGUUUAUUUUCAAAAAAGUGUAUUCUGCCCCCAAGUCGAAGUAAGAACGGAUUGCUUUACGGAGGAAACAUAACCAAAAAGUAGAGGUGACAGCAGCAUUAGUUUUCAUCGAACCGAGCGAACAACUUUGUUUCCAAUAGAAACAAAGGAGUGAAAGUACGGUAGGGUAAUAAUAGAAGUGAUCAAGACCACAAGAGGAAUUCGAGAGAAUUGAUGGUGACAAUUGGUUCUAACCGAAUUUUCCGA